CUUUAUUUUCCUCUAAUUUGAAGAGUUAUACUAGGCUGCUCUACAAUAAAUUUCAAGUUGUUUCAAGUCAAAUAACGGGGGAACUCACUCGUCAAAGACAAGGAGUUCUUCAAAAGAAGAGUGACAUGGAUGGAUCACAGAUAGAGAGACUUGCUGCCAAGCUGGGAAUAACAUCACAAAGAACUAAGAGAAAAGCAAAUGAGUUGCUGCGACUUGCCGAAGUGCGUGCUACGACAGGUGGCAUGGGGAGUUAUAAUGUGAGUGGUUCUUGCAAGGCUGUCAUCUGCCUCGACCUUGCAGCUCAACAGCAUGGAGAAACAGUAGAUAAGGCAAGUGUAAUAAAGCUGUCGGGGACAACAAAGAAGAUGUAUACAGCAUCUUAUAAGAUCCUGGAGAACCUGCUAGACCUACAAACAAGGUUGACAUUAAAAGAUCUGGCUGUGAAGUUUGGUUGCACCGGGAGUACAGAAUUGGCAACUAAAAUACUCACUAGAUACAGUCAGGACCAUGGGGGAAGCUUAGACAGUACAGAUGAUGAGAGUAGUAUAGAUUUUACCACACCUCUAUUCCAGUCAGCAGCCCUAUAUACAGCGUGCAAACACCAGAAAGUAAAGGUAGAUAAACAGAAGAUGGUAGAGAUAAGCUCCGGCAAGAAAUAUGUGUUUGACAAACUAGUAGUAGAAAUGACAAAACUAGCUGCAAAAUUAACAGAGAAAACUAAAAUAGUUUCACCAGGAAAGAGGUCUGCCAACUCCCUCAUGCAAGAUGUGGAGAAAUCAUUACAAGAUAUUGGGGCAACAAAUAAACAACAAAAACUUGCAGAUACCACUGAAGAAAUAGAAGAUUAUGAAGUGUGGAAAAAACGAAUAUUGGAGAAUGCUAGAAAAGCACUAGCUAAACAAUCAUAGCGAUACUUAGACAGAUUAUAUAAGUAUCUCAUUAAAACAAAAGUUACAUUUUUCAAAAACCUGGUUCAGCUGCAAAUAUUGUAUAUAUUUGGACUUUUUCUAAUAAAUUUGUACCAAAAUUAUAGAUGAGAUUGAUGUUGAAAUUAUAUGAAUUGAAUUAUAUGUGUUGAACUUUCUCCUUCAUUAUAUCUCCAAGGGUUUUCAGCAUUUUAUAAGCCAUCUAUAUGAAAAUAUGUGACAAUCUGGAUGCAAUUAGAAAAGUGUAACAAAUAUUACAGACUGUGUAGUGUCAGUCACAAGACUGUUGGCUGUAACAAUGUCCCCAGUUUAUGACCAUUGUGUAACUAUUCUAGUGCUUAUGUAAGGCCUCCUUCAGGUAGGGUGAUUUUUAUAAGUUCAAAAUUGCAACAAGUCAAAUGGCACGAAAAGUUUUCUGAAGGGGCUGUUUGGAUGACUGAGGUACUACUAUCAUUUAUAAAACAAGACGGACUUACUGAAAACUUUUCAAAAUUUAUUUCUGUAAAAAUAUGCAUAAAAUUCACAAUAUUUACACAGCAAUAUAUACAGAAGAAUACACUUUACAAUUUUUAAGCUAUCAGUAAUGUCAGUAUAAAUGCCUCAAUCCAAAAGGUUAGCUACAUUACUCAUUC